GAAUUGACUGAGGAUUGCGUUCCCGAUCUCAGUUUCUUGUUUGAACUCUUAUUAUAUCUCUGUUUCUUUGUUAUCUCUGUUUCUAUAGAUGGAUGGGAGAACAGAUGGGUAAAAUCUGACUGGAAGAAAGAUGAUAACACUGCUGGAGAGUGGAGCCACACAGCCGGAAACUGGUCUGGUGACGCUAACGACAAAGGUAUCCAGACUAGCGAGGACUACAGAUUCUACGCCAUAUCAGCUGAGUUCCCCGAGUUCAGCAACAAGGACAAGACUCUAGUAUUCCAAUUCUCCGUCAAGCACGAGCAGAAGCUUGACUGUGGUGGUGGAUACAUGAAGCUUCUUAGUGAUGAUGUUGACCAGAAUAAAUUCGGAGGAGACACUCCUUACAGCAUCAUGUUUGGCCCAGAUAUCUGUGGCUACAGCACUAAGAAAGUGCAUGCUAUUCUUACUUACAAUGGAACAAACCAUCUGAUCAAGAAGGAAGUGCCAUGUGAGACUGAUCAGCUCACCCAUGUGUACACAUUCAUCCUCCGCCCAGAUGCUACUUACAGUAUUCUUAUUGACAAUGUUGAGAAGCAAACUGGUAGCCUCUACUCUGACUGGGAUCUCCUCCCAGCAAAGAAGAUCAAGGAUCCAAGCGCCAAGAAGCCAGAGGACUGGGACGACAAAGAGUACAUUCCUGAUCCGGAAGACACAAAGCCAGCAGGAUACGAUGACAUCCCAAAGGAGAUCCCAGACACUGAUGCAACUAAGCCUGAGGACUGGGAUGAAGAAGAAGAUGGUGAGUGGACUACUUCUACCAUCCCCAACCCUGAUUACAACGGUGAAUGGAAACCAAAGAAAAUCAAGAACCCUAACUACAAGGGAAAAUGGAAGGCUCCAAUGAUUGACAACCCUGAGUUCAAGGAUGACCCAGAGCUCUAUGUCUUCCCCAAAUUGAAGUAUGUUGGAGUUGAAUUGUGGCAGGUGAAAUCUGGAUCCUUGUUCGACAAUGUCUUGGUCUGCGAUGACCCAGAGUACGCUAAGAAGUUGGCCGAGGAAACCUGGGGAAAGCACAAGGAUGCGGAGAAAGCAGCAUUCGACGAAGCUGAGAAGAAGAGAGAGGAAGAGGAAUCAAAGGACGCUCCUGCUGCUGACUCCGACGCUGAGGAUGGAGCAGAGGAUGAUGAUCAUGAAGGAGAUGACUCUGACACCGAAUCAAAGUCUGAGGAAACCAAGGAAACAACCUCAGACAACGAUGAUGAGCCAGCUCAUGACGAGCUCUAAGCGAAGAAGGUGGGAGAUUAAAGGAUCCAAAAAGUUUUCAGUCUCAUUUUUUAUAAACUUUUUUUAGCUCUAGUUUGUUUGGGAUGUUAGAAUUUUUUGUAGCUACCAGAAACAAAAUAUGGUGAAAUGGGUGUGGCAGCUUGUUUUAGACUUUUGAUAAAUUCCUGACAUUCUGAUUCUCUCUUCUCUCUCGUCUUACUGAUAAAUUUGGUUGAGAGAGUUCUCAGUUCUAUCUCUGCGAUUGCUCCUCUUUUCGACAGAUUUAUUGUUCCCUAGAUAAAUCUUACUCUGAAUCUUUCUCCUUUCGCGAAACUUUGCAGCAGUUAAAUACCCCAAUACUAGUAGUUUCAUGGACAAAAGCUAUUUGGUUCAAACAUGUCUCGCAAUUCUCAUUUAUUGUUUGGUUCCACCCAACACGAG